GAGUGGAGCGUGGAGAGUGAGGCGAAUCUGGAUAACGGGGGACCGAGGAUGUGGCGACCAUCACUUUUGCUGCUUCUGUUGCUGCUAAGGCGUGGGGCCCAGGGGAAGCCGUCCCCUGACGCCGUCCCUCAUGGCCAGGGGAGGGUGCACCAGGCGACCCCCCUGAGCGAGGCCCCUCAUGAUGACGCCCACGGGAACUUUCAGUACGACCAUGAGGCUUUCCUGGGACGGGAAGUGGCGAAGGAAUUCGACCAGCUCAGCCCAGAGGAAAGUCAGGCCCGUCUGGGGCGGAUUGUGGAGCGCAUGGACCGCGCCGGGGACGGUGACGGCUGGGUGUCGCUGGCCGAGCUUCGCGCGUGGAUCGCGCACACGCAGCAGCGACACAUACGGGACUCGGUGAGCGCGGCCUGGCACACGUACGACACGGACCGCGACGGGCGUGUGGGUUGGGAGGAGCUGCGCAACGCCACCUAUGGCCACUACGCGCCCGGAGAAGAAUUUCACGACGUGGAGGAUGCAGAGACCUACAAAAAGAUGCUGGCUCGGGACGAGCGGCGUUUCCGGGUAGCUGACCAGGACGGGGACUCGAUGGCCACUCGGGAGGAGCUGACAGCCUUCCUGCACCCUGAGGAGUUCCCUCACAUGAGGGACAUCGUGAUCGCUGAAACCCUGGAGGACCUGGACAAGAAUAAGGAUGGCUAUGUCCAAGUGGAGGAAUACAUUGCGGAUCUGUACUCAGCGGAGCCUGGGGAGGAAGAGCCGGCCUGGGUGCAGACAGAACGGCAGCAGUUCCGGGACUUCCGGGAUCUGAACAAGGACGGGCGAUUGGAUGGGAGUGAAGUUGGCUACUGGGUGCUGCCCCCAUCCCAAGACCAGCCACUGGUAGAAGCCAACCACUUGCUACAAGAGAGCGACUCAGACAAGGACGGGCGUCUGAGCAAAGCUGAGAUCCUGGACAACUGGAACAUGUUUGUGGGCAGCCAAGCCACCAACUAUGGCGAGGACCUGACACGGCACCAUGAUGAGCUUUGAGCUCCUGAUGUGCUCCGCGACAGCCUCACAGUUCCAUGGGACCACCUGAGGAGGGGCGACAGCGGCCGGGGCCCCUCCCUGCCCCAGCCCCGAGGGAUGCUCUGUGUCCUCCUAGCCCUGGGCUCUCAGGGAACCACCUGGGUCAGUUUCUCUCCUUGAGACAUUCCCAGUUCUCCCCACCCUGCCUCAGGGGCUCUCGUAGACCCAGAGUGUGAGUGGCACUAAUUUCUGAAUGGGAGAAUCUUCCAGCCCACACCCAGGGACCCUCACCCCAAGCUCAGCCUCUAAGAGCCUCCGUUACACACCCCAGUUGCAAAUCUGUGUCCCUGCUCCUAACAGCCUGGCCAUAGACCCUCAGAGAAGAUCUAGAAAUGGAGACACAAGAAAAGGAAUGGGACUGGGAAUGGGGUCGGGGGACAAGGGAGGGGAGGAGAUCUCUUACCUUUUUUACAUCUUUUGGGCAUUUAACCACAUCAGUAUGUUACCUAUUUGUGAAGUACAUGUAAUUAGAAUUUUAAAAUAAUUUGUGAAAAGUUUAGCGUGGUAGAAGUGAGUAAAAAUCCUUCCACUAAGAGCGAACCCUAAUGUAAACUAUGGUCUGUGGGUGACAGUAAUGUGUCAAUGGAGAUUCAUCGGUUGUAAGAAGUGGCUGAGGACCCUCAACCCAAGCUCAGCCUCCACGAGCCUCUACUCCCCACCCCAGCUCCAAAUCUGAGCCUCGACCACAGACUGAAAAACUCUCCCAGCCUCAGCCCCGGCCCCGGCCCUGACCGCAGCCCCGGCCCGCCCAGCACUGUCCCAAGGACGCCUCCCCUCUGCCAGGGAGGCAAUA